ACAACACACGUGGACGACUGCAGAGACACAGAAGGACAAACUGUUUUUUCGUUGGAAAAGGACAGAUUCGUGCACGAUGGCGGCGUCAGACUGGACUUGUUGUCUCUCUACUAUGCGUGAAUGGGAGUCCCCAGAUUAUGAGCCAUCACUUCCUGUUUCGGAGAAGUCCAAUCCCCUGACGCGUGACAUUGACCGAGCUCCAGCUGCUGUCAUUGUGAGGACGUUACAGGCCUGUGACGCCCAAAUGUUCCAAGAAGAGACAGAGGAAACCUACCAGAGGCUUUUCAGUGACCAAGUGGUGAAAACUGUGAUGGAGGUCGCACAGAGGGUGGAGCUCAUCCUCAAGGAUCCUCGGGGCAGCCUCGUUGUCCUGAGUGGAUGUGGGACUUCUGGUCGAAUGGCUUUUCUCACGGCGUCAGCCUUCAACAGAGAGCUUCAGAGGCUGAACCAGGGUUUGGUCUACUCCUACAUCAUCGCAGGAGGAGACAGAGCUUUACUUUCCUCCCAAGAAGCUCCUGAGGAUGACCCCACGUUGGGCAUGCUCAGUCUGAAGAAGGUGUGUGAGGGAAAGAAGCGAGUCUUGUUCAUCGGCAUUUCCUGUGGAUUAUCAGCUCCCUUUGUGGCAGGUCAGCUGGAUUUCUGCCUGCAGCACCCAGAGAUCUACACUCCUGUGCUGAUUGGCUUCAACCCUGUGCAUCAAGCCAAGGAUGAACCCAUACCCGGCUGCACAUUCACAUUUCGCAGUGUCGUUGGAAGGAUGCAGGAUCUAGUCAAAACUCGAGAGGCCUUCCUCGUCAACCCGGCGGUUGGGCCCGAAGCCAUCAGCGGCUCCUCCAGGAUGAAGGGUGGCAGCGCUACUAAGAUUCUCCUGGACGUUAUCUUGUCUGCUGCUCAUGCUGCGACCUUCACCAACACGCCCGUCACACACAAGGGAAUCGUGCAGCACAUGAGAGAAUACGAGAAAACUCUGGAUGUCACAUACGCUCAGAGCGAAGGGAUAAGUGCUCUGGUGGAAGCAGCUGGACUCAGUUUGCGGUGUGGAAGGCGUGUGUGUUACCUGGGCUGGGGCUCCCUGGCUGUGCUGGGCCUCAUCGAUGCCAGUGAGUGUAACCCCACAUUCGAGUCAGACUCUGAAGAUAUCCGCGGCUUCGUGAGUGGAGGAUUCAGGCAGCUGCACAACAAUGAAGGUCCCUUAACGUCACUGGGUCGUCAGUUCUGCAUCUCACAUGAGGACUUUCAACGUUUGGUUCUGCCUCACCUCAGUGACCAGGACACUGUUCUUCUUCUCUACACCCACUGUGACGAUGUCGGUGACGUGGUGAAAGUGGCACGAGCGGUGAGAGGAAGGACGUCCAACCUCCACGCUGUUCAUCACCACACUGAUGGAGACACUGCUGCUGCUGGACAACAAGAUGACAUCAAUAAGCUGUGUUUAUCUACACUGAAAAUCACUUGGCCGUCAUCUGCCUCUGAGAGCUUAGUUCACAUGUGGGAGCUGUCCACCAAGCUGGUGCUGAACGCUGUGAGCACUGGAGCUCACAUCUUAAAGGGGAAGGUUUACCAGAACCACAUGAUCGACGUGCAGGUCACCAACAGCAAACUGUACCGCCGAGCCACACGUUUACUCCAGAAGCUGUCUGGUCGUGCUGAGUCCAAGUGCGAGGAGUUUCUCUUGAGGGCGAUCUACCGAGCUGACGAGCUGACAGCUGACAUCACAUCCUCUGACAUCACCACUCGAACCAACGCAGCCAGAGACAGGACCACGGUUGUCCCCCUAACUUUGGUCUGCCUGCUGACUGGCUGCUCUGUCUCGGAGGCGGAGUCUCAUUUGGAACAACAGCCAAUCAUAAGGGAAGCAGUGGAGGCGUGUCUCGCAUGAUUGACAUCGUCCUCCCACACAUGCAGUACAUUCACGUAUCGAGCAAAUCCUCUCUUCCCCCUGUACAGAGGUCAGAGGUCAACUUUAAUAUCCGUUCAGAUACACAUAUCUGCUGCAACAGUUUGAAUUCCCUCACCUCCUAAAUGUAAAACCAUGUUAUACCACUAAGGGGCAGAGUUGCACACAUGUACUGUAUCAGAGAACGUGGUGCAUGCAGUAAAAUUGGGAAAUUACAGUAAUACAUGUUAAUUUUAAUG